UGAAAGCCAUGCUAUAUAGUAUAGAAUCAGGUCCUUAUAUGCUAUAUUUCACAAUAGUAUAGCUUAGGCUGAAAAGAGCUUGAGUGUUUGACGAGAACGAAUACUAGCGUUUGCCGACCUUGUCCUCGACCCGAAACAAUAUCCAAGUGACUUUGUGUUUGACACAGACGAUGUCAACUUUCCAGUAGAAAAACUUCGCUUUCUGGGUUUAAUGGGGCUCAUAGAUCCACCAAGAGAAGAGGUCCGUUCAGCGAUACAGCGCGUGCGUGAAGCUGGCGUGCGUGUCAUGAUGGUGACCGGAGACCAUCCCGGAACCGCACGGGCCGUGGCUGAGGAGGUGGGCAUAGCAACCACGGACAAGUGCCACGUCAUAACGGGCACGGAGCUGAGGAACAUGACGCCCGACCUUCUGUAUCUCAUGCUUGAAAAACAUUACGAAAUCGUUUUCGCCCGCACAUCUCCAACUCAAAAGCUCCAAAUAGUAGAAGCCUGCCAGCGCCAGGGAAGCAUCGUGGCUGUGACGGGUGAUGGAGUAAAUGAUGCACCAGCUCUCCGAAGGGCCGAUAUUGGAAUCUCCAUGGGAAUCACUGGAUCACAAGUGUCGAAGCAAACGGCAGAUAUCAUUUUAAUGGACGAUAAUUUCGCAACGAUUGUAACGGGGAUUGAAGAAGGACGCAAAAUAUUUGACAAUUUAAAGAAGUCAGUUUGCUACAUACUUAUAUCGAACGUGCCGGAAGUAAUACCAGUUCUCAUGUUUAUUUUAUUCUCGAUACCUCUACCGCUCGGAGUGAUGACAAUAUUAUGUGUAGACCUUGGGACGGACAUGUGGCCAGCAGUUUCUUUAUCACAUGAAAAAGCUGAGCAAGACAUUAUGGAUAGGCCUCCACGUAAAUCUGAUUCUCUCGUAUCUGCAUCAAUGCUAAGACUGGUCUAUGGACAUCUUGGUCUAAUAGAGUUUGCUGCGGGCAUAUACGCAUACUUUAUAGUCAUGGCUGAACACGGAUUCUACCCACGCCAAUUAUUUGGUAUAAGAGAGAGAUGGGAUAACGAGGCGGUGAGUGACGUUGAGGAUUCACUUGGUCAGGAGUGGACUUACGGGAAGAGGAAGGAAUUGGAACGCGUGUGCCAAGCAGCUUUUUUCGUAGCUAUCGUCAUAACGCAAAUGAUGAAUGGAAUUAUUUGCAAAACCAGAUACAACUCCAUUUUUCAAGUCGGUAUGAAAAAUAGAAUUCUAAAUAUCGGAUUAGUUGUCGAGAUAAUUGUUGCCGCUGCAGUAUGUUAUACACCAGGAGUGAAUAAUUUCUUCAGGACAUAUCCUUUGAAAUUGAGAUGGUACAGCUACAUAUCUCUAGCUACGGAUACAUUGCUGUCACCGUUUAAUGACAAGAUCUUAUCUAUCCAUAGUUAUGUCCAAUAUAGUAAUAGUCCAAUGCUUUAUGGCGAUAGGUUAUUGAAAUGUAAGUAAGGGUAAAAGGAUAGAUUUGUCUACCUCUAGUAAGUUAAACUAAGGAUAGAUAGGUUAUUGAAAACGGCCGUAAACCGAGAUCAGAGUGAUUCGGAUAUCAAUUUCUUAAGCAACUCAAAUAAUAUUAAUAAAUUAGAAAUACAAGAUGCCUUCAUUAAGUGUAGUUUUGAAGAAUUAUAAGAAAUAGAAUAGACAUG